AUGCCUUCUACAGCGGAGACCCUCACUGAUGUUGUUCACUCGUCGAAACAGAUCAAGGUCCAAGGAUUUUCUGUGACGGCUGCCAUGGCCGGACACGAGGUCCUCACGUCGGGGAGAUGGAAGGUCGGCGGAUAUGAUUGGGAGGUUCAAGUGCUUCCAAACUACUGCGGUAGUGUUGCGAUUAAUCUCCCCUUCUGUAGUGAGGUGCGCACGCCCAGCGAUGUCAAUGCCAACUUCAGCUGUCGGUUAAUAGAUCCUAGCGGGAAGAUCAAACCAUCUCCAGGGAUUUCCUCGACUGUUAAGUUGCGCUCAGCGGAAUGUCGUUAUUUAGGAGCCCUCAUGUCAAGACGUGAUCUGCAAACAUCAGGUUACCUCAAUGAUGAUGCGUUCACCGUGGAGUGUACGCUCAAGGUGCUCAGAGAACUCCGUAACAAAGCAACCGCCCAUCGCCCGGCAGAUCAUCUGCUCCGGUCCUCCGGCCUGAACCAUCACCUCGGCGAGCUCCUGCGGAAGGGGACGGGAGCCGACGUCACGCUCGUCGCGUCUGGCGAGUCCUUCAAAGUGCACAAGGCCGUACUCGCUUCGAGAUCCCCGGUCUUCGCGGCGGAGUUCUUCGGGCACAUGAAGGAGGCGCGCUCGCCGGUCGUCGAGAUCGAGGACAUGGACGCGGCGGUGCUCGGGGCCAUGCUCCGCUUCAUCUACACCGACACGGCGCCGGAGCUCGACCGGCCGGAGGACGGGGCGGCCGUCGCGCAGCACCUCCUCGUCGCGGCGGACAGGUACGGCAUCGACAGGCUCAAGCUGGUCUGCGAGGACAGGCUCUACGAUGGCGUCAACGUCGAGACGGCGGCGGCGACGCUGGCCUUGGCGGAGCAGCACGUCUGCUCGCAUCUCAAGGCCAAGUGCGUCGAGCUCAUCGCUGCGAACCUUGAAGCCGCCAUGGCGACCGAGGGGUACAGCCAUCUCAUGGCGAGCUGCCCUUCGGUUAUGAACGACCUCCUCAGGGCUGUGCACGGAAGGAAGAACUGA